AGUAACUCAUUAAACAGUAAGAAAAAGAAGCCUGCUCUGUUAGCGUACACAUUGACAACAACACUCUGACGAAGUAGAGGCUGAAUUUAAAUACCCCAGCAGACGAGGGCGGCCCAGCAGAGGCUGGGUGGGACUUUUGGCGGGUGGACCGCAGGCGGUACUGGCACUUGGAGCGCGCUGACUAACGGAGACUUUCCGUCUGCUACCGGUCUAUACUCCAGGCACGAGCUGACGCGGUUGUGAGCUCCUUCAGUAUCCGUCUGUUGCUCCCUCAUGGAUUUUUACGGACUACUCACGGUACUCACAUUGGCUGUCAUCCUACCUUCAGGGCUCAACUCUGCAUUUAACAUUGAUACCAAAAAUCCAAGAAUUAUUCAUGGGUCUAAAGAAGCUUAUUUUGGAUACAAAGUACAACAGCAUCAAAUUGGUGACAAAAAAUGGUUACUGGUGGGUGCUCCAUUUGAUACAAAUGGUCCACUGAAGACAGGAGAUGUAUAUAGAUGUCCAGUAGAUCCUUAUGGGAAUGAGAACUGUACCAAAUUAAACUUAGGCAGAAUAACACUUUCCAAUGUGAUGGAGCGCAAAAACAAUAUGCGCCUUGGUAUGGGCAUAGCUACAAACCCCAAGGAUAACACUUUUGUGGCAUGCAGCCCCCUUUGGUCACAUGAGUGUGGAAGUUCUUACUACACAACAGGAAUGUGCUCUAAAGUGAAUACCAAUUUUCGAUUCUUCAAGCCUGUUGCUCCAGCCCUGGAAAGGUGCAAGACCUAUAUGGAUAUCAUCAUAGUACUAGAUGGAUCCAACAGCAUCUACCCUUGGUAUGAGGUUCAGAAUUUCCUCAUUAACAUCUUGCAAAAGUUUUAUGUUGGACCAGGACAGAUACAGGUUGGCAUCAUACAAUAUGGGGAAGAUGUCGUACAUGAGUUCUACCUAAAUGACUUUAAAACUGUUGAUCAGGUGGUGGCAGCAGCUAAACGAAUUGAACAGAGAGGAGGCACAGAAACCAACACAGCUCUGGGAAUAGAAACUGCUCGAUCUGUGGCGUUUAAAAGAGGUGGAAGGAAAGGAGUUAAAAAAGUAAUGAUUGUCAUAACUGAUGGGGAAUCUCAUGACAACAAAAACUUAAAGAAAGUAAUUGGAGCCAGUGAAAAGGAUAACAUCACUCGAUAUGCUGUUGCUGUUCUUGGAUCUUACAACAGAAGAGGAAUAAAUCCAGAAGCAUUUUUAAAUGAAAUAAGGUUCAUAGCCAGUGAUCCAGAUGAAAAGCAUUUUUUCAAAGUUACUGAUGAAGCAGCCCUCAAGGACAUUGUUGACGCUCUAGGCGAAAGGAUAUUUAGUUUGGAAGGCACCAAGAAUGAAAUGUCCUUUGGACUAGAAAUGUCACAAGCAGGAUUUUCAACUCAUGUUGUUGAGGAUGGAAUUCUUCUUGGAGCUGUGGGUGCCUAUGACUGGAAUGGAGCAGUUCUGAAAGAAACUAGUCAGGGAAAAGUUAUUCCACGUUGGGAAUCAUAUCUUCAGGAAUUUCCUGAGGAACUAAGGAACCAUGGAGCAUAUUUAGGUUACACAGUCACAUCCUUAAUGUCUGCAAACCAUGGAAGACUUUAUGUGGCAGGUGCUCCCAGAUUUAAUCAUACUGGAAAAGUCAUAAUAUUUACAAUACAGAGCAAUGAGAAUGUCCACAUAUAUCAAUCUCUGAAGGGAGAACAGAUUGGAUCGUACUAUGGAAGUGAAAUCUGUACAGUCGACGUUAAUGGUGAUGGAGUAACAGAUGUGUUAUUGGUGGGAGCUCCAAUGUACUUCAGUGAGGGAAGAGAAAAAGGAAAAGUCCACAUGUAUAAACUGAAAAGGAAUGGACUUGCUGUUGAUGGAUCUCUGGAAACUGUAAAGAAUUCCCAUAAUGCACGCUUUGGUUCUUCAAUCAGUGCUGUCCCUGAUUUAAACUACGACUCCUAUAAUGAUGUGGUAGUUGGUGCCCCCCUAGAGGAUGACCACCAAGGUGCGAUCUACAUCUUCUAUGGAUAUAAAGACACCAUUGUCACAAAGUACAAGCAGAGAAUUGCAGCCUUGGAACUUGCUCAUGGCUUCAUGUAUUUUGGACAGAGUAUCCAUGGACAGCUGGAUUUUAAUGAAGAUGGCCUUGUGGACUUGGCAGUGGGAUCACUUGGGUCUGCUACGGUGUUAUGGACUCGUGGCAUUGUCCAGAUUAAUGCAAGCAUUAGGUUUGAACCACCAAGAAUCAACAUUUUCCACAAGGACUGCAAAAGAAAUGGAAGGGAUGCAACUUGCUUGUCUGCAAGUUUCUGUUUUACAGCCAUAAUUAAACCUCCUACUGUCCCAAAACAAUUUAUUGCCUUAAUGUACAAUGCAACUAUUGAUGAGAGACGAUACACCCCUAGGGCUAUGCUGGAUGAAGAUAAUGAGAAAUAUUUUCACCAGACUAUGGAGAUAUUUCCUGAAGAAGAGCAUUGUAACAAUGUUGGCUUCCAUGUUCUCGAAACAGCAGAUGUGAAACCUAUCACAUUUGUAGUGGACUACCGACUGCAGCACCCCCAUGAUGGUCCAGUACUAGAUGACGGUUGGCCAACUACAGUGAAAUCCUCGGUAUCCUUCUGGAAUGGUUGCAGUGAAGAUGAAAACUGUGUACCCAAUCUAGUUCUUAAAGCUGGAACUGACAUGCUGAGUGUUAUGGACUACUGCAGGAAAGUGCUGAUGAAAUCACUGGACUCAUGUAUUGCCUACACAAUGUCAUUUGAGGAAAGCACAGUCAUCCUGACAAGCACACAGAGGAGAAUGGCUGUAGAUGCAGUCUUAGAAAAUAAAGGAGAAAAUGCUUAUAACACUGUUCUCAAUAUUUCAUUCUCCAGAAAUCUGAACUAUGCAAGCCUCAUUAUAAAGGAUGAUUCAGAUAUCAAAAUCGAAUGUACAAAUGAAGAAAAAUUACAAAACACCAAAAUCUGCAAUGUCAGUUUCCCAGUUUUCAGAGCAAAGGCAAAGGUGUCUUUUCGACUGGAAUUUGAAUUCAGCAGAUCGAUUUUUCAAAAAAGAGUUGAGAUCAUCCUUACAGCAAGCAGUGACAGUGAAGAAGCAGAACAUACCAGACAUGAUGAGACUGCAGUUAUAUCCCAUUUAUUAAAAUAUGAAGCAGACCUUCUGUUUACAAGAGAUUCUGACCUCAAGCAUUAUGAAAUCAAAUCAAACAGUUCUGUUGAGAGAUAUGAUUGUAUUGGCCCUCCAUUUAAUUACACUUUUAAGAUCCAAAAUUUGGGUUUCUUCCCUGUGGAACAACUGAAUGUUAAAAUAACAGUGCCAGCAUUUACAACAGGAGGCAAUCAUCUGCUACAGCUAACUCAGUUUUACACUAACCAGAAAAAUGGUACCCUAUGUCAAGCAGUUGGAAAUAAUACAAUAUCUAAAAGGAAGCCUUCAGAGGAAGAAAUGAGACCUUAUCAGCUGUUGAAUGAAAGCAACUCAGUUGUGGUAUUCGUGCAAUGCACUACAGACCUUCUGUUCAAUGAAGAUGUCAGCAUCUAUUUCCAUGGUCUUCUAUGCACUGAAUCAUUAAAAAUGAUGAAAUUUAAGUCCCUGAAACUUAUAACAUCUGCAUCCUUGGAGCAAGAUAUACAGAGUCAUAUUAUAUUUAGAGAAGAGGAUCCUAGACGGCAUAUAACCCUUGAAAUCACAAAGCCUGAAGAUUCCCACAUUCCUUUUUGGAUUUUAAUAGGAAGUACAUUAGGGGGACUCCUCCUUUUUGCUCUUCUGGUUCUUGCAUUAUGGAAGCUUGGCUUUUUUCAAAGUUCAAAGCGCAAUAAAGGUGAGGAUCCAGAUCAAGAUGCAAAGGUGCUGGAAGAUGGAAGAUAAUAGCAACUCCACUGGACAAUCAAGAGUAGAUUUUAGCAAUCACUAUCAGCUGGUUUUAUACUAAAUUAUUCAGAAGUUGAAAUAUGUAUUCCAUUGAUCCAUACAGUUCUGUAUAAAUAUCAUACUGACUUUUCAAUACAGACUGCCUUUUUCCCACUGGCAGUUAUGAAUGUGGAUUUUUAAUAUGGAUCAUCUAUCUUAAGGAAUACAGAAAUGCAGAAAUACAAACAUCAAAUGAGAAUUAAAGACAUAAAUUCUAUGAAUUUUAAAUUGAUUACAGCAGGCAAAGUGGUUCUUUUACUUUCCAUGUCUGGUAUAUAACCACAAGUACCAUAAACAGUAGUAUAUUUCACAUUAGCUUGUUACAUAGUAUUUAUUCCAUUUUGGAGGUUGUACCAAUUACACUCUAAUAGUCAGUCUGGUAGUAUUAAUUAUUCAACUAAAAAUGUAAAAAUAAAUCACUAUAGCACUGACCAAAUUUAACCAUAAAAAUUCAACAUGCUAAAUAAAUUAAUGUAUUGCACUCUUUGCACAAAACCCUCUUGAUAAAAUUAAAGUAUCAUAUGGGGUUAUACCUGUCCUGAUUUUUCAUGACAGUUGUUGUUUUAUGAGUUGUACGCUAUAUCACAUCAGUGACCAAACUAGGAGACGUAAUGUUUGUAAAAUGACAUGAUAUUGCAUAAAACAUUGUUUAACAUGGAAAGUAUAGAAUAAAUAAAUAUCUUUGAAAUAUACCUCAGCAUGUACAGACAUAGUAUAGUCUGUUAAAAUCAGCAUCAGAAUUACUCUAAAUUAUUUAGAGAAGGUGUCUAAUUACUUGGUCAAGGUUUAAUACUACCAUGUGAACAUCUAAAUUAUUUGGAGAAGGUCUCAUUAUUUGGUUAACAUUUAAUGCAACCAUGUAAACAUCUUAUUGCUGUAUAAAAUGUUUUGCUUUGGGAUUUUAAAAUGUAGAAGCUUAAAUUAUUUUGGAUUUGUUCAAGAAAUUAACUAUACCAUUUUGUUUUUUCAGUAAUUUAUUAAAUGCUGCUUUAACAUAAAGCAAUUAGAAGUUAAUGGUACCCAUUAUCCAUGAAAUUAUGUUUGUGCUUAUAACAUUCCCGGUGAUUAACUGAGAUUAGUUUUGAUUAAAAAAAAUACUUGCCAUUGUUUUAUGAAUAACACCUCCUUCAAUUUUUUUUCAAGAUUUUAUUCAUGUAAACUGUAAAAUAUCAUGGAAUAUAAAUAAUAAAUAUUUAGGUCUUUGUAAUAACUGAACAUUUGUAUAAUAGUUUGUAAAAUGUGCCUUGAAAUCAUUACAGUUAUUAAUGCAAACACUGUAUAAUCUAACCAUCCUCAUCAUUUGUCAAGUUUGAUAUGUAUUCUGGGAAUAAAAAAUGUACAUUAGAUCCAUAAUACAUCAUUGAUGGGUUUUGAUUUGUAAACUAUUUGAAGACAUGCUGACAAGUAUAUACAAGUAGGAAACACGACAAAGUCAUUGUCAACUUUAGCACAAUAAUCCUAGAAAACCGUGUGUUUUUAUUAAACAUAACUUUCCUAGAA